AAGAUGAGGAGUUCGUUCAAUCUAGCAUCAAUCGCCUUGGCAACAGUCGUCACGCUCGAAAACUCAAUUUGUCUCGGAAGAUCGCAAUUCUGGAUUCACAGAGCCUCGAGACAUUGAGUAAUCAAACCUUGUACAGUCGGCCCAACACUUCGUCGUCCGUAUAUCACAUGAUGUAUCAGUAAUUGGGCCAUGGCUUUCAGCUCGGUGUUGCACAAAGAUCGUCUCUAAGCCGAGCCUGGUGAGAAGGUACGUAUCGCUGAUAGGAACAGCCAUAUUACCUCACUCUUAAAGAUAUGGCCCGAUGUGACUCCUUGUUACUCUUUCCGUGCAAUAUUGCUUCAAGCCAAGAGUCCAUCAGGAUGGCUUCUUCCUACAGCCUACCUUCUGCCAGUUUAUUGGAAUCUCCUUGGUGCUGGAUCUAUAGGGCCUCGUCGAAGUCCUCUGUGCAUACGCUGUCUAGUACAUCAUCAAGAGGAUUGCAUUUGUGCUCCUCGCAUGGCAGCCUACCGGUGCCUGUAGACACGCAUUCCUUACUCCAACAAAAGCCGGCAAUGAGCUCAUACCCUUACAGGCAGUCGGUGCACGAGCGACGCAAUGGAGAAGAGUACUUCAGCAUGUUGCCUCCAAUGUCUACGGAGGAGGAUCUGCUACUGGAGGAGGUUGUCGGCAGCCCGAUUGAAGUGUCAACACCUGCUUGGGAAGGAGGCAGUCAUCCCCGGAGACGGAAACGCGUCACUGCCGCUGUUGCCAAUCUGUUUUCGGUGAGUUAUUUUCAUCACGUUUGACCACCGGAAAGGCGUUGUCAUACAAUGCAGAAACUAGCGCAAAAAGUACGACAACGCUACCAGAGGCUC